ACUCACGUUGACAGUUUAACAAACCAUUCGAGGCGAUUGAAUAAUCAGUGCAUUAUUUUCUAGGUGGGCUCUGUUGGUGAUAGUUUGCUUCGAAACCUAAUUACAAAAAAUGAUCCCGCAAAUUCUGCUAAAGAAUGACAUCCUUGUUAGGCUUAUCGCUGCACGAGCCCUCAGCACACCUACAUCCGGUAAGGUGAUUGGAGCGACUGGCACAAAACCCGUCCCUCCGAAGGCAGCUUCUGGUGAUGUUCAAGGGCUAAGCAGUAAAUGCGUGCACCAAAAAUCGGGACCAAUCGGUCCCGGGGCUUCACGCGACGGCGAGUACAAGGUACCGGAAUAUUUUUGUUAUGACAAGGCUAGUUACUUCGAAGCUGAAGUCGAAAUGGAGAAAUUUAGGCUGCCGCAACCGUCUGCAAAAAAGUAAAUUUUGCAACCGCUUACUCGUUAUCACAAGUGUAUAUAGAAUUGAAGAAUAAAGCUAGCACUUAUUGAAAUUA